CCGCCUUUCGCCGCGCCCCGCCGGGGACGCUCCCGCUCCUGCGGCCCACUUGGCUAUUCCGCGCGUGCUCGCGUGUCCCCGGCGUGAACCGGAACCGCUUGCUGAAGUCCGGGCUGCGAGCCGGGCGGCGAACGGGAGCGCGGUGGGAGGCGGCCUGCGCGGCGCCGCCCGCCAUGGCCGCGGCGGGGUGAGCUCUGCGCGGGGCCGCAGUCGCGGACUCAGCCUCCUCCGCCGCGAACCAGGGGCUGAGGCCGUAGUAGCCGGGGCCGCUGCCUGCCGGUCGCCGUAGCCACCCGCUUGUCGCCGCCGUCCAUGGCGAGGCCCCGCCGCCGCCGCCGCUGCUGACCCGGGGCCCCGCGCGGCUUCCGCCCUCCGCGGGGCGCGGGCGGCCUGCCUUUGCGCCCGAGCCCGCGCCCGCGCCCCGGGGCUACCAGGCGGGCGGUUGACGAUGGGGAACACAACCUCGUGCUGCGUGUCGUCCAGCCCCAAGCUCCGGAGGAAUGCGCACUCGCGGCUGGAGUCCUACCGGCCCGAUACGGACCUCAGCCGCGAGGACACCGGCUGCAACCUGCAGCACAUCAGCGACCGGGAAAACAUCGACGAUUUGAAUAUGGAAUUCAAUCCUUCCGACCAUCCUCGGGCCAGCACAAUAUUCCUCAGCAAAUCUCAGACAGAUGUGAGAGAAAAACGCAAGAGUCUCUUCAUUAACCAUCAUCCUCCAGGCCAGACAUCAAGGAAGUACAGCUCCUGUUCCACCAUCUUCCUAGAUGACAGCACAGUCAGCCAGCCAAACCUCAAGUACACCAUCAAAUGUGUAGCUCUUGCGAUAUAUUACCACAUCAAAAACAGGGACCCAGAUGGAAGGAUGCUCUUAGAUAUUUUUGAUGAAAACCUCCACCCUCUUUCGAAAUCCGAAGUGCCACCAGAUUAUGACAAACACAACCCAGAGCAGAAGCAGAUCUACCGGUUCGUUCGGACACUGUUCAGUGCUGCUCAGCUGACAGCUGAAUGUGCCAUUGUCACCCUGGUAUACCUUGAAAGGCUCUUGACGUAUGCAGAGAUUGACAUCUGUCCAGCCAACUGGAAGCGCAUUGUUCUCGGGGCAAUCCUGCUGGCCUCUAAGGUGUGGGAUGACCAGGCUGUGUGGAAUGUAGAUUACUGCCAGAUCCUGAAAGACAUCACAGUGGAGGACAUGAAUGAGCUGGAGCGACAGUUCCUAGAAUUGCUACAGUUCAACAUCAAUGUUCCUUCCAGUGUGUAUGCCAAGUAUUAUUUUGAUCUUCGUUCUCUGGCAGAAGCAAACAACCUGAGCUUUCCCCUGGAGCCCUUAAGCAGAGAGCGUGCCCACAAGCUUGAGGCCAUCUCUCGUCUCUGUGAGGACAAGUACAAGGACCUGAGAAAACCCACGAGGAAGCGUUCAGCAAGUGCUGACAACCUGAUUCUGCCACGGUGGUCCCCAGCCAUCAUCUCCUAACUGGGGCACCCUCCUGAAGUUAUGCCAUCCCUCAGUUUCUCCUCUUGUUUGAGAAAAGAUGAACUUGGGGUGGUUUGUUUGGGUUUUCUCUUUUCCUUCUGUUUUUAAGCCCCAUCAAGGCUGCCUUCACGCCUGCCUCCACACUGCGUUCUGCAUGCAAAGAGGCUUUAAGGGACGUGAAAUCUGUGUUCUGGAACCUGGUGUCAAGCCUUCCCGGCCAUCAGGAACAGCACUUCUUUCAUGGAGGAAAAAAGACUCUAAUCCUGGAGGAGGAAAUGAAGGAAAAGGAAGUUGUGUUAAGGGCGGAGAGUGCUUGGUAGCUUGGCUGUUUCUGGGUCCCUGUCUGGUUAUAAAUUCCACAUGGAGCCAGAGACAGAUAGCAGAGUGGAAUGCACAUCCAAGUCAGGAGUACCACUCUGUGCCCUUGGAAUCGGUAUGCUCUGUAAGACUUCCUGCAUUCCUUCCUGCUGCUUUCUUGGGAUUGGGGAGGGGGUUGUUUGUUCAUUUUUAUUCUGGUUUGGUUUUGAUCCGACAGAGCAGAAAAUAUAGUUUGUACCCACCAUGGCACAGACAUCCAAAUAAAUAGUCCUGAUUGUUUAUCUCUGCACCAUCUUCUCUAGCUGUCUUCUGAGCUUUCUUCCUCACUAGUAAGAUGUGCUUGUUGUGUUUCUACACACCUGUUUUGUAUGAUUCUCUUUCAACAGUAGCAGGAUUAACUUGACUGUAGUGCUGAACCAAAAGUCUCCCUGUCCUGCCUCACUCCGAGAACGCUCUAUCUAGAUUACAUGGGUGCUUGUGCCUUCCAGUUUUCUUGCAAUUGGUUGUCCUUGGGUUUGUUUUGUCGCCCCUCUCCCUCCCAGGUUCUAUUUUUCUGCUAACAUGAAGGUGUAAUUACAAAACUCAAUCAGACUUUGUGGCUAAAGGCAAAGGUCCUCAGCAUAGGUGUCCUGGAUAGAGAAGCAUCCAGGGAGCCAGGUUUGCCUGACCUCAUUGUGAGGAGCCGUUUCCAUGUGCUCCCUGCCCGGUCAUUCUUCUACUUCCAUGUCCAUUGUUGCAAGCAAUAUUCUUCUUGACUUUUAUAUGUUUACUUUAAAUCAAAUUUAGUCUAUUUGUAUACAAUUUUUUUAAAAAUCUAAAAUUAAAAAAAAGGGGGUUGGGUGGGAGGGUAUUCCUGUGGGAAGAUCACUAAAGGGGAAAAAAUGUUACUAUUUCCUGAGGUAUUUUUCACAGAAUGAUUGAAUAAAAAAAAACAAAACUCAACUUGCAUUUUCAUUGUGGGUGCUUGGAGAAGCUACACAAACUGUGAAGGCCCAUGCUUCCUUGAUUAUAACAUCCUUUGUGUUUUCUGACUGUUUCUGAUUUACUUUGGGGCUAGAUCAGAAUCUUUUGUUGAGUAAAAUCCAAGGGUUAAAGGUCCCCUGUCACCGAGAAACUGACCUGAAGUCUGAGAGUCCGAGUCACUCCCGCACACGGUGUUGCUUCUGCUCAGUUCUUAGAUUGCAGUGACCAAGCUUUGUGAGCUCUUCAUUGUUUGAAACACUUGAGACAAAUGCUGGCGUUUGGUUUGUUACACCCUCCGCUGUAUGAGCUAGGAAAAGUUGAGAAUUGUUUUUUAGUUAGUGUUGAAUACCCUAAAAUCAUAUGCCUGACUCCAACAGGCCCCUCCCCAUGGAGCACACUUUGGAAACAGAAGGAACAAAAUGUCAAAAUCCCAAGAGCAUGGAGCCAGAAGUGUUAGUCAGGGUUCCGUGGAAUGUGUGUUGUGCAGUCAUGUUUCCAGUCAGAAAUACGAGCGAGUUCCGGCCUAAACUUCCAAGGAGAAAGUGAAAAAUUAACUGUCCUCCCGUUGCACCUUUGAUGGCCUGUUCUGAGUGGGAAACAAAAUUAGCCUCCCUCUUCCAGAACCUUAAACAGGUCUAAAAAUGUAGAAAGUGUCAUUUCGUAUUCUCUCAUCUCUAACACUCUAAAAGGGACCUAUUUUUCUUAGCCAAAUAUGAAUACCUCUUAGACAAAUUCCUUCCUCUUGUGUAAAAUACCUUCUUUUACCAGCCCAUUUCAGGAAAGAACUGCUGACUUAAUAGCAGAAAUCUUAUUUUUAUUCCUUUAUUUGAAUGGGAGAUUUGGAAAUUGACUUAAUGUAAAUAUUUCAAUGCACCUGAUACUAUUUUGUGAGUUUAUUAAACUACUUUAAAAGAUUGUACAGUCUAUUUAUUGUAUGUGUGUACACACAGUCUGAUGUCUGACAUCAACAGUGACUCCUUACAGCCUGGCUCAGUUUUAUUCAGACUGUCAGCUCUUGUGUUCAAGCCUUGUGCACUGGACUCUACCUCUAAAUAGGAACCUUUUCCCUACGCAUCAGUGAGUGUUAAUCUGUAUUAAUUGGUUGUGUUUCUUGCACUAAGAAUUUCAGUUGUCCCUUUUGGCCUGAAUCACUAGGAAUGUAGGUAGAGACCCAUUUCAUUUUCCUAUACAAUGAUACAGACUUACUUUUUGUUCUCUUGGUUGUUCUCAGUUUGCCAAAAGAGAAAGGAGAAAAAACAAACCUAAUAGUAUGUGUUGAUAAAUCAUAGUGACUGCAAAGUAGUUCAGUGUCCAACAGCUAACACUGGAUGCUGUUCUGGAAUGCUAUCUCAAUGCAGCCUCUAGUGGAGAGCUCAUUGUCAGUGAAGGGUAAAGAAAGCCACAGUUUGUUGACUUUAGGCUUGAUUUAAACAGCAAAUACAAUUUGUUGAAGAAUAAACACAUCCUGAUAAAUUUUAUUUUACUCUUUCAACUGGGAGAGGAAAGGAGUUGAGUUUAAAUGAAGUUAAAAAGUAAUGAGAUCCUGAAGGCUCUAGAGGUGCUCUCAUGCCUUAAUGCUCCCGUGAGACCAGCUAUGGCCUCGCGCCUCCAGCUGUUGGGGCUAGCUCUCCUGUGUUCCUUCUUUAUGGUCUUCGCCUGGGGCAUCUCUAUCUUGGGGGUUCCCUUGGUUCAGGGUAUUUUUUUUGCUGCUUAGCUGAGCUUCAAGGCAGAAUUUAGUGAGUUAUGAUUUUGUAUAUUCCUGCUGCUUUAGGGACUGCAACCUGGGGCCAUAUUUUAAGCUUUGAGUAUAUAUAUAUAUAAAUUUUUUUAGUUUAUAUAUAUAUAUAUUCCUAGUUCAUUAUAGGUAUUUAAUAAGUUAAAUAUAUGUACAUAGAACAAAUAGUGUCUGCCUUCCUGCUGUAUUUUUUUUUUUUAAGUUGAGAUAAAAUUGGACAGGUUUUCCAGGGUGGUAGCACUGGCUUGUAACCCCAGUGGACAUGGGAUCCUGAAGCAGGAGGAUCAUGAUUUUUAGGCUGGCCCAGGCUCUGUAGUAAGACGCUGCCUCAAAAAAAAAUAAAAUUGAACAGGUUUUAUGGGUGGUGAGUAAACUAAUUCUAAGAGCAGUGUGAGAAAGUGUAUGAGCCUUCAGAGAUUAAAAGACUAUGAGACCCACUUGGGACUUCAACCAGGUGAGGAGCUAAGUUACCCAGGAGGACUCUAGUAGAACGGAUGCUGUCCAUCAUUAAAUACUGUUUCUUACAAAACCACUGCCUCUUGGCCUUUGCUGGAGUGAGUAUCUCAAGACUGAGGCUGGGUAGUUCUUUAAAAUAUGGUUAGUCUUCUGAAAAGCCAGUCACAGACAGUGCCUAGUCUUGUUGGCGGAAGAGGAAACAGGAAGCAUACAUAGCCUUCAGCGGAGCUAGGGCAAGAUUGCUUAGCUUAGGGUUUGAACCUUGAGCCUCAUGAACAAAGAAGACCCCAGGCCCCCGUGGAAAUAACAGCUCACUUUUACUGAGUACAGAGCAGAACUAGAAUAACCCUUUCAGAAGCAAGCAGUGUUAGAGAUGAGGGAGUCAGAGAAGCGUGGUGUGUGUGUGUGUGUGUGUGUGUGUGUGUGUGUGUGUGUGUGUGUGUGUGUGUACACUCACAGUGCUGGUGACUUGACAAGCCAUACUCCCGUGCUACUUGUUAGAGCUUCUUACUGAGUGUACAUGUUAAGGCCACCAGUCCUCUGGUGCCACUUGUACUAGAAAUUUCUUCAGUAAGCAAUACCAAAAGGAUUCCUUUUAUUGACAGUAUAAGAGUCACUGGAAGCUGCUUUGUGUGUGCACUACUCUAGGGUGAACUAUGCCCAAGCCAAAAUUUGGUACCAAACUGCAUAGAGAAUUCUGUAAGAAAUGCCCUCCAACAUGUUGUCUGACUGGAUGGCAUUUGGGUUUUACAGGUCCCAGUAAACCAUCUUGUACUUUUUUGUGAUUUGUUUGGGGGCAGGGGACUUUAUUCUUUUUUGUUUAUAUAAAUAAGUUAUUUCAAAUGUGCAAUCAAAGAAUGUCAUCUCAAAAUAAAUGCAGUUUUGACAAAAAUGUUAA